AUGCCACCUAGAUUUAGUCCCCAGUUUCUUGUUAAGCUGGAGAUGACAGAGAGUAAGCUUGAGAGGCUCUGGCAUGGAACACAGCCCUUACUGAAUCUCAAGGAGUUAGACCUAAGCCUUUCCAGGAAUCUGACUGCAUUUCCAGAUCUUUCAAAUGCUACAAAUCUUGAGAAAUUGAUCCUCCGAGAGUGCGAAAGCCUGGUGAUGAUACAUUCAUCGUCUCUUCAGAAUCUCCAUAAACUGAGGGAGUUGGAUAUGAGCCUCUGUAGAAGCCUUGAGGUUCUUCCGACGGACAUCAACUUGGAAUCUCUGACUAAGCUCAACCUCAAUGGAUGCUCACGGUGGAGAACAUUUCCAGAUAUCUCAAGGAACAUUAAGGAUCUCCUUCUGAAAAGCACAGCGAUAGAAGAAGUCCCUUCGUCGGUCCAAAAUAUCACCAGGCUUAAUACCCUUAUGAUGGGUGACUGCAAAGAGCUGAGAAAGAUCUCGCCAAGCAUCUCCAAGCUAAAACUCCUUCAAAUACUCGAAUUUUCAGGCUGCAAGAAUGUCGAAUGUUUCCCCACAGCAAUCUUCUAUGCCAAUCACUUAACACGUAACCUGAGACUGUUAUUGGAUAACACUGAAGAAGCGAGCUUGCCAACGUUUCAACCUACUUGCAACAUGCCAACUUUUGGUGGGGGUUUAGUCCUGAGCAAUAACGUUUUCGAGAGCAUUCCCAGUUUCGUCGGACAUAUUUACCAGUUGCGUAGCCUUCUUCUCUUUAGAUGUAAGAACCUCAAAUCGCUACCAAAUCUCCCACCUUCCCUCGAGUACCUAUACACGGAUGGUUGCGAGUCGCUUAGUAGAAUAUCUUCCUCCUUCAAAAACCCACAGAGCAUUCUUAGUUUCGUUGACUGCUCAAGCCUUGAUGAAGAAGCUGAAAAACUCAUCAUCCAGGAAACGAUCUGUAAGUACAGGUUCUUACCAGACAAAGAGGUGCCUCCAUACUUUACUCACCGAGUUACUGGAAGCUCCAUAACCAUUCCUUUAGACACCAGUCCUACUUCUGCAUUAUUGAGAUGCAAGGUUUGUCUUGUGCUUGCCGGGGAACCUAACCCUGAUAAUUGGACCUGGAAGAAGAGCCACAUAACUUGUCGUUUCAGGGGAAAACGCGACGGCAUUGUUCGUUUGUAUGGAUUGCGGGAUAUGUCUAAUCAUGUACUCGAAUCAGAUCAUUUGUGCGUUCUCGAUCUCUUUUUCCUGCUAGAUGAAGACAAGGACACCAAAGCAGUAUGUGAGGAAGUGUUUUUUGGGUUUAAAUGCAGUUCUCACGUGAUUAUACAAUGCGGUAUAGAGAUCUUGGAGUUUUAUUCGUCCCUGGAUGACUCGCUUUAUUAUCCCAAGGCAUGGACCUUCGAAGAUGAAGAAGACGAUGGGAACAAUGACAGUGAUGGAAGUUAUGAAUUUGGAGACAAAGAAGAGUCUGGAGAUAACUAUGGAGACUCAGACUGUGAAACCGAGAUCGAUGGAUCUAGAGGUGUAGAGCCUAUUGAUGAGGAAGACGGGAAAAGAUGCAACGUCGAAGAUGACAUUGAGAGUAGUGCAAAACGUAGGAAAGCCAAUUUAGACGAAGACAAAUGUAUAUCAUGUUAA